AUAUCUCAUCACUCAACCGCAAAAGUUAUGACAUCCGAAACUCCCGGCUCUGCCGCCAGUGGUGCUCGCGGCCCCUCUGAAGACGGCAUGGAAGCCUCCUCUAAAAAAGGCAUGGAAGCCUUCGAAAACUCACAAGUUCUCUCUGACGUAGUGAUACGUUACGGAGCAGAAGGCGAGCGAGUUUUCUACGGCCACCAGGUGGUCCUAGCCGCACAAUCUCCCUGGUUCCAUGAAGCGUUCUGCGUGGACUCCAAGAAAAAAAAGCAAGAUGAACUUGUCCUUAAAGACGACGACCCCGAGGCUCUUGAGAUCAUGUUGAGACACAUGUACUCAAAGGAGAAGUACUCAAAGGAUGCAUACUUCGAUGACACGUAUGAAGAACACGACGAUUAUAAGUCGGUGCUCCUCCAUCUCCGCGUAGACGUGGUCGCAGAAAAGUACAAGUUCGAGAAGCUGCAGCAGCUACAGUUUUACGCUGACGGAUUUAUCGAAUCUAGCAUUGAUAGCUGGAUCAUUGGAGGUGUAGAGGCAGAACAGUUUAUGACUCUAGUACGUGAGUUGUACGCAAAUCGUGAUUCGGCAACGAAGCCGCAACCGCUGAUACUCCAGAUCUUGCUUGAGCGUCUUAAAACCAGAAUCAAACGCCCUCGUAACUGGAUCGAUAAGCACAAUCAACACGAUCAGCUCCAGAAUCUGCGUGACGUGGUUAAGAGAGCUGUCUUGGAACUUCCGGUCUUUAGUCAGGACUUGUUCAUCGAGCUGGCGGACUUAGUUCUCUGA